UAAAUUAGCAUUAAUUUUUAUAGUUCAAAUCUCCUUAAAAUGCAAAAGCAAUCAUCUUCAAGCAGCAACGCAAAUGGCAAUGCUACAGAAAAGAAAUCUUCUAACAAUAACAAGAAAUUACAAUAAAUUGACAAGUAGUUUUAUAGCGAGUUUUUGAGUUUUCAGUAUGAUAAAGAAGACGAUGAAGAAUAUACCUUAUCCUAUCGUCCGAAGAUAAAAUCCAAAAGAUUUCAAAAGUAAGAAAGGGAAUAAAGAGAAGGAUUAUAUAUACGUGCCAAAUUUAGAUUCAUUACUAGCUAGGAUCAGGUUAGUGAUACUUCAAUUUACUCUCCUUUGAAGCAACUAAGUUGGGAGAAGAUUAUUUAGGUCAUAUUUCCAACUCAAAAAGGUGAAAUAACUUGCCCAAUUUGCAUGAAUGAUUAGCAUUAAAUCAUAGCUCCUUAGAUUACUCCAUGUGGUCACAUUUAUUGCUAUUAUUGCUACUUAAGGCAUGAUGAUAUAUCCGAUACUAAGAAUUAUUGUCCCUUGUGUGGUGAAUUUGCUCCGAAUUGUGAUUUAAAGAGCGCCAAAAUUGUUGAAUAUGAAACUUGUAAGGAUCAAAUAAGCUUUUAGCUUCUAAUGAGAUAAGAAAAUGAGUAGAUAGUAUACAGAGCAGAUACACUCAGUGAAGAUCCAUAAUUCUCUAAAAUAAUGAUAGCAAAACCAUAAUAUAUUGUAAAUGACAUUUUGAAGAAGGAAAGAGAUGAAUUAAAUAAUUUCUUGCUUGAAUGUAUUUCAUCAUAAGAAACUUGGAACAUUCCUUACAUUGAAUAGGCACUUAAAAUCAAUUAACAAAAAUCAGAAAAAUAUGAAAAGCUAAUUCUUCAAGAGGAAUAACAACGUGUUUACGAUUAGGUAAAAUUAAAGAAGAAAUCCUCGAAGCAACAAUCCAAUGAAAGUUCUGGUCAAUAAUAAUAAUCUUCUGAUGAGACUAAUUUCUUUUUUAAAUAGUUAACACAAUAGCAAAUAAAAAAAUCUUAAAUUCACUACUUCUACUAAGAAAAGAAUGGGCAAUUAAUUUUUCUAAACCCAAUAAAUAACAAGUAUCUAUUUGAAGAAUUUAAUAAAGAAAAUAAACUUCCUUUGCAUGAAAUCACAACAAAAUUAAUUUCAUUAUAAAAUUCUUGUGCUGAUUAAAACCUCUUGAAAAGAUAUCCAUAUCUUAAGCACUUGCCUCCUUAUUCUGAUAUUCUCUUAGCUGAGGUAGAUAUGAAUGGACUUAUUAACCCUGAAAAUGUUAAAAAGAAUGACGCUGAGCUCGCUGCUAUUCAUCAAAAAGUAAAAGAAAAAGAAGAAAGAGAGUUGAAAAAAAUGUAAAAGAAUCGUAAAAUGUCUGACAAUCCCUAUGGAUAAUUUUAUGAUAGAGAAUAAUACCUAUAAUAUGGUUUAAUCACUUUCCCACCUUAGAAAAUGCCAACAGAAGAAAAACACUAUCCAACAUUGCAAUAAUCAUAAAGUUUACCCUAAUAAAUUUAAGUAGAUGAAGAAUAGAAGUAAUAAAUUGAAAAAAGUAGAAAGAAAGAGGAUUUUGAAGAUGGAGAAGAUGAUUAUGUAAUAAUGUCCAAAAACGGACAGCUGCCAACUAACUAUGUUGAUAAAUAAAGCAGAUAAAAAAUAAAAUAAAUGCAAAAUGAAACCUAUUUUCCUUCUCUUGGAGGCUUGUAAAGUAUUCCAGAAAAAACAUAAUAAAGUAAAAAGAAAAGUAGUUCAGAAAUUCAUGUAGAUAAUAAUAAAGUUAAUAGUGAAUUAGUUAAUUAAUAAACAUAAAAUCAAGAAUAAAUAAAUGAAAUUAACAACUAAGAAAUUAAUAUAUAGCUUUAAAAAUAAAAUGAGCUAAAGUAAGUAAUUGUAGAUGAGAAAAAUAAUGUAAUAAUUGAUGGAGAUUAAAUUUACGAUUAGUGGAAUCAAGAAUAAAUAUUACAAAAUGCUAAAUAAAAAUCUACAAAUAAUCAGGAUACUACAGCUGAAGGUAAUAAGAAGCAUGGAAACAAAAAUAAAAAGUAAAAUAAAAAAGUUGUCAUUGAUGGAAAUUUUUUCUUUUGA